AUGUUCGGUUUUGGCAAAAAGGACAAUCAGAAUCCAUACCGGGUUCCUGAACAACACUCUCCUACUCACUCCGGAUCCAAUUCCCCCCGAACAAUGAACAACCCUGGUCUUCCUAGACGGGCACCUACUCAGGGACAGCCCAUGCCUCCUCAUCACCAGACCCCUCCUCCUCAGCAGCACAGACAACCUCCUUCCGGUCACGGUGGCGAUAUGAUUCUGGGAGUGGGCAAGGACAAGGCGUUUGCCCUGGCCAACCUCCUCGAAGUGCCCCCUGGAACCUUUGCUGACGGAGACUACGUCAUUAUCAACAACCAGCACGUCUUCACCGUGCGACAGUCGCCACAUGCUGCUCCCGGCCAGAUCCUUGCCGGAGCAGUGCAGCGACGAUGGGCAGCUCUCAGCACAAACAUGACUGUCCAUGUGGCACCUUACGACCCCUUCCACAAGACACAGCAGGUGUAUCUGGGCAACCUGGAGCUGGAAAUCGACUUCCUGUCUGCCAGUGCGGCCAGCGGAGCUGGAUCCCGAUCCUUUGAGCCCGAAAAGCUCGCUCACCACUUCCUGCACCAGUACGCUAACCAGAUCUUCACCCCUGGACAGACCCUGGCUAUGGACUUCGAGGGCCUCAAUUUCCAGAUCAGAGUGCUCUCUACCUCGGUGGUCAAUCUGGGAGACGCUGGCGGAGUGGCUGCCCGAAACGUCCGAGGUAUUCUCGUUCGACACACCGAUAUCGGUUUCAACAAGGCCAAGGGAUCGGCCAUGAACCUCAAGAGCGCCAAGAACAAACCCCGACAGAACGCUAUCAUUCAGCCCGACUUCAAAUUCCAGGAUCUCGGUAUUGGUGGUCUUGAUGCCCAGUUUGGUAACAUCUUCCGACGAGCCUUCGCUUCUCGAAUCUACUCUCCUGCCGAUGUCGAGGCCCUUGGUAUCAACCACGUGAAGGGUAUCUUGUUGUUCGGACCUCCCGGUACAGGUAAGACUCUAAUCGCCCGACAAAUUGGUAAGAUGCUCAACGCUCGAGAACCCAAGAUUGUCAACGGUCCCGAAAUCCUAAACAAGUACGUUGGUGCUUCCGAAGAGAACAUUCGAAACUUGUUCAAGGACGCCGAGGCGGAGUACCGAGAGAAGGGCGAUGACUCCGGUCUUCACAUCAUCAUUUUCGAUGAGUUGGAUGCUGUCUUCAAACAGCGAGGCUCCACCGGUGGAGGUACCGGUGUUGGAGACAACGUCGUCAACCAGCUGCUCGCUAAGAUGGACGGUGUGGAGCAGCUCAAUAACAUUCUGGUUAUCGGUAUGACCAACCGAAAGGAUCUGAUUGAUUCUGCUCUGAUGCGACCUGGUCGAUUCGAGGUCCAGAUUGAGAUUCCCCUUCCUGAUGAGGCUGGCCGUCUGCAAAUUCUCAAGAUUCACACCGCGCCUAUGACUGCUGCAGGAAAGUUGGGCAGAGAUGUGGAUCUUAACGAGCUUGCUGGAGAGACUAAGAACUACUCUGGUGCCGAAAUUAAGGGUCUGCUUAACUCUGCUGCUUCUUAUGCAUUCACUCGAAACCUCAAGUUGGACCAAGGUGGAGGAGGCGUGCGACAGGAGAAGGGCGGAGAGCUCAUGCUAAUGCGGGACGACUUUGUGCAUGCCCUCCAGGAAGUGCGUCCCGCGUUUGGUGUCUCCGAAGAGGAUCUCGAUGCUGCCGUCUCUGGUGGUAUCAUCAAGUACUCUCCCAACAUUGAUGACAUUCUCAAGAAGGGAGAGCUAUUUAUUGAGCGAGUUCGACAGUCUUCUGGCGACCGUGCUCUGGCUUCUCUGCUGCUUCACGGCCCUGCUGGCUCUGGUAAGACUGCUCUCGCAGCUUCCAUUGCCAUGCAGUCGAACUUCCCCUUCGUGCGACUCAUCUCUCCCGAAGGCUAUGUUGGUAUGUCCGAGGCAUCUAAGAUCACUGCCAUUCAGAACUGUUUCCUGGAUGCUUACAAGUCUCCUCUGUCCGUCAUUGUGAUUGACUCUAUUGAGAUCAUUCUCGAGUGGGUCCAGAUUGGACCCCGGUUCUCAAACUCUCUGCUGCAGGCCGUCAAGACUCUGUGUCGAAAGACUCCUCCCAAGGGCUGCCGAUUGCUAAUUCUGGUUACUACUCAUGAGCGACACGUUCUUGAGCAGAUGGAUCUGAUUUCCGCGUUUGACUCCGAGAUUGGCGUACCUUACCUACAGUCUCUCAAGGAGCUCAACAAGGUACUGGACGCUAUGCAGUUCUUGGACUCUCCCGAGGCUCGACACCGGGUUGUACAGUCCAUCGAGGCCAAGACUGGAUCUACCGUGCCUUCCAUUGGUAUCAAGACUCUGCUGUCUGGUCUCAAGACUGCCCAGUACUCUUCAGAUGUUGAGGAGGAGUUUGUCGAUUUUAUGGUUGACCAUAUAAACGCCCGACGAAACAAGUAUGUUUAA